CUCUUCCACAGCCUGCCUCUGCUCAGGUACAUCCUUGUGCGAGAGAGGGUCACCAUCGUCCAUGCCCACAGCUCUUUCUCUGCCAUGGCCCACGACGCGCUCUUCCACGCCAAGACCAUGGGCCUGCGGACGGUGUUCACGGACCACUCUCUCUUUGGGUUUGCAGAUGUCAGCUCGGUGCUAACCAACAAACUUCUGACUGUGUCCCUCUGUGAUACAAAUCACAUAAUCUGUGUCUCUUAUACAAGUAAGGAGAACACAGUGCUGAGAGCAGCUCUGGAUCCUCAGAUAGUCUCUGUCAUUCCCAAUGCUGUAGACCCCACCGACUUCACUCCAGACCCAUCAAGAAGGGAUGAUAGUACAAUAACGAUUGUUGUUGUCAGCAGACUUGUUUACAGAAAAGGUAUAGAUUUGCUUAGUGGUAUAAUUCCUGAGCUCUGUCAGAAAUAUCCAGAUUUACAUUUCUUAGUUGGAGGAGAAGGACCAAAACGAAUCGUUCUGGAAGAAGUCCGGGAAAGAUACCAGCUGCAUGACAGGGUACGUCUCCUAGGAGCCUUGGAACACCAGGAUGUUAGAAAUGUCCUAGUCCAGGGACAUAUUUUUCUCAACACUUCUCUCACUGAGGCCUUUUGUAUGGCAAUAGUGGAAGCAGCGAGCUGUGGUUUACAGGUGGUGAGUACGCGAGUUGGUGGGAUUCCUGAGGUGCUUCCAGAAAAUCUUAUUCUUUUAUGUGAACCCUCGGUGAAAUCUUUGUGUGAUGGAUUAGAAAAAGCUAUUGCUCAGCUCAAAUCAGGAACGUUGCCGUCUCCAGAAACUGUUCAUAAUAAAGUAAAAACUUUUUAUACAUGGAGGAACGUAGCAGAGAGAACUGAGAAAGUAUAUGAGAGGGUUGCAAAUGAACUGGUUUUAUCGAUGGAUGACCGACUCAACAGGCUAAUAUCUCACUGCGGACCAGUGACUGGUUAUAUUUUUGCUCUUUUUGCUGUUCUGAACUUCCUUUUCUUGGUGUUUCUGAGGUGGAUGACUCCAGAUUCCAUUAUUGAUGUUGCAAUAGAUGCCACAGGUCCUAAAGGUGCAUGGACUAAACAGUAUUUCCUUGGUAAAAAAGGAAGAAUUAAAGAUGAAAUUUUGAAUUCCUAAAAUGCUCAAGAUGGAGAGAGGACAAAAAAAAAAAAAAACAACCAUCGUUCACUAAAUGUUUAAAGCUUGCUGAUAGAGACGUUAUUUUAAGAAUUCUUUAGUUUCUUUCUGAAAUUCUUGGAAAGAAACUUAGUUAAAUGUGCUACCUCAAUUUAGGAUUAAGUGUAAUUUAGUUUUGGACUUCUGGAAAUUUAUGCACAAAUAUUUUGCACUUAAAGCUGGGAGAGCAGAUGGAUUUUUCACAGCUUGGUGUCAAAAGUUGUUGAGACAAAAGUACUAGAUUUUUCUCCACAACUGGAAUAUUUUAGAAAGAGUGAACGUAAACAUUUAUGGUAUUUGGGAAAUAGAAACACAAAAAUUAUUAGUGUGACAGGCUUCUGUCUGCACAGCUUUAUUUUAUAGUUCUUCCUUUCUCUGACUGAAUUAGAUCAACCUGUUGCUAUGCCACAGAUUCAUUAUGGAUUUUCUUACAUUUUCAGAAGUGCUAAAUUUGUCCCGUUCACUUCCCCAUGUGAAAGUGAAGUAAAGCAUAUGACUCUUCUUAUUUUAUUUCUUAAAUACAUAGGUGAAGGAAAGGUAAUACUUAGAGACUAGCAUAAUAUGAUAUAGCCUUCAGAAUCAGCUCAGGCCUGAAAACUCUUCCAACAGUCUAUGCCAAAGUGUGAAGUGACAUGUGUGACAGAGAGCGAGAGACGGAGAAUCUCUGAAGGACUAGACAAGUACCAUCGUAUUUUUUCCCCCUACUUAUGACAUAAAUGACAUUUCAAUCCCCCUCUGGGAGGGACAGUAUUUAGUUGUGUGCUUUCACCUAGACACUGUCAGGUGUUCUGCUGGUUCUGAAAGUUGAGUCUUCUUGGGGAAAGUAUCCCUUAAAUGGAAAUAACCAAGACAUAUAUAUAUACUUGUCACGUAAGAAAUGUGGCUUCUUGCAUCUGUUAGCAGCCCUGCGUAAGGCAUAGCUAUACCUGUGACAAUAGGAAGAACACACGAAUGUGUGAGAGGAGACAAAGAGGAGUAGGACUUCUCGCAUUUAUAUUGAACAGCUCUCAAACUACUCCUACCUGAUGCACUGAAUUAAUUUCUCUUUCAAGCAUCUCGAAAGACUGAAAAUUUCUAUGAUUUUUAUGACCUUGUGCAUGCUGCAAUUUUGGACACUGUAUUAAUAUUAAAACUGUGCAAUAUGAAAAGAUUGUUUUGAAACCCUUGAAGGGUAGUAUUUAAAAAAAACAACCUCUGUCAGUGUCGUCUUGUUUCUGUUGAGAUGCAAAUAACCUAACUUUUGCUGUUUUAUAAUUUAAUCAAACAUAUUUUCAUGAAGCCUUUGAUAUUUAACAUACAAUAAGUGUUGUCUUGCAACUUGAAUUUUUUUUAAACUUUACAUUAAAAGUGGAGAUCAGCUAAAAUGGUGCCACACAGAUUAUUGAAAAAUAGGUGGAAUUAAAAUAAUGUUUUACUUCUAAAAGCCUUCCUGCCCCAUUCCUCCCCCUCCCUUUUUUUGGUAAGGCUACAACUUUUUAAAAAACACUGAUAAUCA